AUGCCGCCUGUCGCCACAGCAGCCUUGCGUGCUUCCCUUCCAGGCGCAUCUCGCACUGCCUUCCGUCCGCUCUCCAGCAGCUUCCGUGUCACGACUUCGCCGGCCCUCCCACGCGCCACCCCGGUUUUCGUCUACUCGCAGCUCAACCGUCGCACAAUGGCCACCGACGCCCCCGUCAAGAUCAAGGUCAAGAAUCCCGUCGUCGAACUCGAUGGCGAUGAGAUGACCCGUGUGAUCUGGAAGGACAUCAAGGAGAAGUUCAUCUUCCCGUACCUUGACAUUGACCUCAAGUAUUACGACCUUGGGCUGGAGUACCGUGAUGAGACCAACGACAAGAUCACUCUGGAUGCUGCCGAGGCCAUCAAGAAGUACUCGGUGGGCGUGAAAUGCGCCACUAUCACCCCUGAUGAGGCUCGUGUCAAGGAGUUUAAUCUCAAGCAGAUGUGGCUUUCUCCGAAUGGCACCAUCCGUAAUGCUCUAGGCGGCACCGUCUUCCGGGAGCCCAUCGUCAUCCCCCGUAUUCCGCGUCUGGUUCCUGGGUGGAAGAAGCCCAUCAUCAUUGGUCGCCACGCUUUCGGUGACCAGUAUCGGGCGAAGGACCUUGUUGCUCCGGGUCCGGGCAAGCUCACCAUGACUUACACCCCUGCCGGCGGCGAGCCCCAAGAGGUUGAGGUAUUCGAGUUCAAGAACGGUGGCGGCGUCGCGCAAACGCAAUACAACACGGACGAGAGCAUUACCGGCUUCGCGCACGCCAGCUUCAAGCUCGCGCUCGACAAGGGCCUGCCGCUCUACAUGAGCACCAAGAACACCAUCCUCAAGAAGUACGACGGUCGCUUCAAGGAUAUCUUCCAGAAGCUGUACGACACUCAGUACAAGGCCGAGUUUGAGGCCAAGGGGAUUUGGUAUGAGCACCGCCUGAUCGAUGACAUGGUCGCUCAGAUGAUCAAGAGCAGCGGCGGUUACAUCAUGGCGUUGAAGAACUAUGACGGUGACGUCCAGUCCGAUAUUGUCGCCCAGGGUUUCGGCUCCCUGGGCUUGAUGACCUCAGUGCUCAUCACGCCCGACGGCAAGACGUUCGAGUCCGAGGCCGCGCACGGCACCGUUACCCGCCAUUACCGCGAGCACCAGAAGGGCCGCGAGACGUCCACCAACCCCAUUGCCUCCAUCUUUGCCUGGACGCGCGGUCUGAUUCAGCGUGGCAAGCUCGACGAGACCCCCGAGGUCAUUGCCUUCGCAGAGAGCCUCGAGCGGGCCUGCAUCGACACGGUCGACAUUGACGGUAUCAUGACCAAGGAUCUGGCUCUUGCCUGCGGCAAGACCGCCCGCGAGGACUACGUCACUACGGGCGAGUACCUCAGCGCUGUUGAGCGGAGGCUGAAGCAGAGCCUGAAGGAGAAGCUCUAA